GCUGUGCAGCGACCUUUGCGACAGUCUGUGCGAGACAGACAGCCUUACCGUUCUGCCUCCGAAGCCGUUAUCGCGCCUCCUCCGCAAGCGCCUGCCUUGCGACGCGCCGCCACACCAUAGUGUAGCCUGCCUGCGUCAUUCCCGAAGCGCAGCACGACUGGGCACAGGAUGCCUGUCUUCCAUCGUCAAACCGCCGACGGCGUGGUCGUGGUCCCGGCCACCUACGGUGGUUACUCUAACCUCAGCUCUGGCGCGAUAGUCGGCAUCACCCUCGGUGCUGUCGCCGGCUUCCUGCUCAUUCUGUGGAUGGUGUACACGUGCCUUAAUUUCGGCCGGCCGGUCGACAACUCAUCCUCGUCGGUGUACACCGGUACAGCAUCCGUCGUCUCUGUGCGGCGCUCCAAAAGCCGCCAUCGCCACCACAGACAUCGCAGCCCUCGCGCAAGAGUAAUCGCGACCGAGGAGGUGAGGGUCAGGGAGAGAGACAGCAUCAGCAGGCCACCGGGCCCGACCAUCGUCGAAGCUGCGCCGCCGGUGAUGCACGAACGCAGAGCCAGCCGGCCGCCCCCAAGGGUCAUGACUGAUGAUGAGGAAGAUGAGGUGGUUGUGAUUGAGGAGCACACACCGGAGAGGAGGCGGCGGCGGCACAGUAGCUCGCGGAGGCACAGUCACCGAGCCGAGAGCCGUCGGCGGAGUCGGGAUUACUGAAGUUGGCGCGAGUAUACCUGGGUCUGAUUUUUUUCUUGUUUUUAUUAUCAUUUUCCUUUCAAGAGACCGCUUUACAGCCGAGGCCAUAUUGUAAUGUAUCA